AUGGUCUCACGUUGGCGUGAACAGGAAGAGGAUUUUAGAGUUGCAAGAAGUUUUAAUCAGCGAGUUGGUUCUGGUAAUAAACUAUUUUAUUCUCUAGCAGAAGAAGUAUUAAAACAUUGGAUUGAUAAAUUGUGCUAUGAAGGAAUUGCA